UUUUUUGCAAAUGUCAUAUUGACAGCUGAUAAAUUUUCUUACAGGCCGCACUGACAUUUCGCAUUUUGGAGAACCGUAGCAGUUAAGGGUUUUUCACAUAAUUUCCAAAGAAAUUUAACUUGAAACGCUCCCACAGACUUAAAUAAAUUAACAGAUCAUCAUGUCUAUGGCUAAGAGUGCUCGUAUGUUGGCUGCCCGUGGUGCCCGUUUCGUACAAACCCGUGGCUAUGCUGACGAGAUGAAACUCACCUUUGCUGCCGCCAACAAAACCUUCUUCGAUAAUGCCGAAGUACGUCAAAUCGAUGUGCCCUCUUUCUCCGGCAGCUUCGGUAUCUUGGCCAAGCAUGUACCAACUUUGGCUGUUUUGAAACCCGGCGUUGUCCAAGUAUACGAAAAUGAUGGCAAAACCUCCAAAUACUUUGUAUCCAGCGGUACCAUCACCGUCAACGAGGAUUCUUCCGUACAAGUAUUGGCUGAAGAAGCUCACAAUAUUGCUGACAUCGAUGCCUCUGAAGCUCGUCAAUUGUUGUCCCAAUACCAAUCAGCUCUUUCCUCUGCCUCCUCUGAUUUGGCUAAAGCUGAAGCUGCCAUUGCCAUUGAAGCUUGUGAAGCUCUUGUCAAAGCUGCCGAAUAAUUUUUAUUAACUUUUGUUUAAGUCUAAAAAACAACAAUAAAACAACUCGUCAAAAAUGCAACAUCUUUAAAAUUCCGUAAAAAAACCUUAAUAGGAACAUAUUUAAGUGUAAUAAAAUAAAAGGUUUUUAAAAAACCUCUUAAAACUGGUUAAAAUUUAUCACAUCUUGAAAUUUGUAAAGCUGAAAUAAAGAGAGAGCGAGUUGUAAAGAGAAUUAAUGCAGCAAAUUCAGCUCUUUUUUCGGUGUUAAUAAAUGAAAAGAUGUAUGAAUGAAUAAUGUUUGGUAUGAUUAUGAAAUAAUUAAAAAAAAACAAACCAAAACAAUAUAAAAAAUUAUACAAAAAAAACAACAAACAAA